UUGGUUCGGGCUUGCUUGCGGCGACCGCUUCGGGUUGGUGAGGGAACUCCGAAUCAGCGAUCGAUUCCUGGCGACCAGUGACCGAUUCGACUUUGUUGGUGACCGAUUCCUAUUUGUCGGUGACCGAUUCCUGGUGUGAAUCGGCGUUCUGGUGACCGAUUCGUGGUGUCCGAUUCGGACGCCGCCAUAUGGUGCAGAAUGAGAUCCCCUGUCUGCCCCCAAUCACAUUGGCGGUUCGUGCUAAAGUUUUUCUUCCUGCGAGAUCAAACAGUUGUCUUCGGCUGUCUAAAUAUGCUGUGGUUAGUUUAGAAUGUUCAGAAUGAGCUUCCAAGGUAAGUUAGUUCAGUUCUUCGACCAGCUGUCGGAAAACUUUCCGAGACCUCGGAAGGAAAGAACUGGGAUUGAGGACCUGAACCAAUCCAAAUAUAGCACAAAGCACGAAACAAAACAUGAACUAAAUCUAAAGAAAAGUUGGCCAAUACCUCGGUGCCUUUACAGUGAAUGGUAUUGAAGUCGAACAUGCUCACACUAGGACGAGGAGGUUCACUCACAGGUGGAACAUUUUUGAAGAGAAGUGCCAGAAAGGCAUUUCUGGCAGCCGGACCGAUCCCUGAUAGAUUCUGAUAGAUCCAGCUCCAGAAUGCACACGCUAAGAUGUACGGUUUUCAUCGAUGCAAAAUGAAUCUGAUUGUUAUUGUGGAACAUCCCGGACCAAAAUGUAAAACACUCAAGAUUGUGCUAAUCCUGAGCCGGAAGGCAGGUGGUUGUUCAAGUUUGAGUUUUUGGUUUGGUUCCUUUUGUACAGUGACAGUAAAUGUUUUGCGCGGGGGGUCGGGUUCCAUGAGUUAUAGUUUGAAAACCUUCAGCUCAUUGAGAGCUUGAAGGAUGGGGCCAAGCAGUUGGACAUGUUCGGCCCAGCUGACCAAUGGCGAAUCAUCUCCGAAGGGCCCGCAAGUGAGAAUAUGGAUCCCACAUACAUUAUUCAGACCCGCGCCAAGAGGAGUCGGGAGCUUGCCGACACAGUCUCGGUGAUGUUCGCGCAGAGAAGGGAGCAAGCCAACGAGUCAGUCCAAGCCAAGGCCGCCGCCAAGCCUCUUUUUAAUCCCGCUCUUGCCGACACAGUGCAGGCCUUCUUCACUCGUGUGGUGGGCUGCGAAGUGCCCGACGCGCAGAGGCGAACUGGUGGCUUCGGCGUUCAACACGUGCUCGAAGAAGACAGGUCCAAGUUGGUUGGCACGGUCAAAGGAAUUGAUGGUGUUGUUGAGAUCCUCAAGACCAAGUAUGAUUGCUUGAAGGGUGAGCGCUAUCGUGUGGUGGGCGAUCGCGGCGGCCCUGCGGGCAUGUGGCGCUUGGAUGGUGGGAAGACUAUCCCCAAGACACAUGUCAAGGAAGGCGGCUGGAAAUGGGUUUUAGAGGAGCCGGAACCAGAGGCAAAACUGGCAAAGCCACCGCCUGUGGCCACAGCUCCGGUGCAGACCUUCAUGCCGAAGGAGCACAGAAAAGCAGCAAAAGAAGCGGAGGGCCCAAGUUCUGAAAGCGCUGAAAGCGAUGACCGAGCCCCCAAGAAGAAGGGGGUGAUGAAGCGAAAAGUGAAGAAGGAGAGUGAGGUUGGCAAAAAAGGGAUAAAGAAGCCUGCACACAAGUCAAAAAGAACUGCUGCAGGAAGUGAAAACCUCCACUCUGGCAAGCGGCGGCGCAUCAAAGAGGACACUGAUGACUCUAGGGCGAGACCGUGCAGAGGGAGCAGGAGCGACAGCAGCACAGCAGCGGCAAACCAACACGGCGAUCACACAGGCAGCCAGCGCGCCAGAAGAAACUCCAAGAGCGAUCGCUCUCAGGAGGACAGCCGGGAUAAGGAUAGCUGCGACGAAGACAGCCGGGACGGGGGCAGCCAGAUGUCCAGUCGCAGAGGUCGACCAAGACCUCGCUCCAGAGCGCGACGCUAACCGGAAAACGAAGAUGAGAAUUUGCACCAUGCAUGGAGCCGAGCCUUCAGUGCAGAUCCACCUUGAAUUAUAUAUAAGAUCGGUUCCCAAAGAACACCCAGUCAAUAUAUUGCGUAUUAAUGCUUUUUAGCCUUUUGGAUCCUUUUGGCCAUAUUGCUGAGCCACACCCUCACACACUUUUGCAGCCAGUCGAGUGGCCGCAUGUGGCCGCUCCGAGCAAAAUUAAAACGCGCGUCAAUUGCUCGGUCUUUGGAAGAACGGGCCCCUCCUUGGUGACGGGAAGCCAAAUAAAGCUGAACGCAGCCGGAUUUGUGUCGCAAGGAAGCCCUAUGGAUUAAGGAGCGGUGGACGAGACUGGAGCCUGUGAUGAUAGAUUUAAAGGCUUACGCCUGACAGCCGGGCGAUCUUGGGGCUAUGUUGGCCCAUCUUGGGGCUACUUGUAUGUUGGGCCUAUGUUGGCCUAUCUUGGGCCCACGUUGGCCCAGCUAGGGCCUAUGUUGGACCAUCUUGGGACCAUCUUGAGCCUAUCUUGGGCCCACGUUGAGCCCGCCUUGGGCCUAUGUUGGCCCAUCUUGGGGCUAUGUUGGCCCAUUUGAGGCUAUGUGAACCCAGCUUGGACCUAUCUUGGGGACCUCCGUUGGCUCAUCUUCGGC